AUGUCCACCGUACAAACGCCCGUGAGGGCGGUCUACGUCUCCCUCGGCCUCACCGCGGCCGUCGCGGUCCUGGCGAGCCUUUCGAGCUCGAUGCACUGGUUCAGCACGCUGCGCGUCGCCUACCCGCUGCUCACCUGCCUCUGGGUCGCUGUCGUCGUCCACCACGUCGCCACCCUCGCGUUCCGCUACGCCGCCGGCGACUGCGUCUCACCCCGCGCCUCGCACCAGUUCGACUGCGAUCGCGCCCCGUUCUCCCUCCCCAAACGCCACGCGAUCUUCCUCCGCGUCGUCCUCAUCCUCUUCGCCCUCGCGACGCUGCUCACGUUCUUCGGCACGGCCCACAUAUGGAUGUUCCGCUCGUGCCCCCUGACGCGCAUCGACUGCGUGCGGUGGGUGUGGGUCCGGGUGCUGCUCGUGCUGCUCGACGCAGCGGCGCUGGCGGAAACGGCGAUGCUGUUCCUGAUAUUGCGGUCGAUGUCGGCGGAUGUAGGGCCGCUGGGCGUUCUGGGCCUCAGGGGGGAAGACGACGCGCUGCUGGGAUGA